AUGGCCAUCAACUGGGACGAGACGUGCCUCGUGUGUGGUACCGAGACCAAGCAGCGCUGCAGCAAGUGCGCCGAGGCCGGCAUCUCGCUCGGCUUCUGCUCGCCCGCCCACCAGCAGCUCGCCUGGAACGUCCACAAACGCGUGUGCGGUCCCGGCAAGGCCAACCCGUUCACGUGGCCGCUCCUCACUAAGGACGAGUCGCGCGAGAUCAUCGAGCACAUGGACGAGUCGACAGGCCACCUCAUCGAUCACUCUUCAGACCGGUCUACCGUCGCCAAGGCGCUAUUGCACUUCUGGGCAUCUCGCGCGACAAAGCGCAGCAUCACGAAGGGUGCUCCCGAGCCUCCCGACGACAAGAGAACUCGCCACAAGCUGCAGCAGAUCAACCUCAUCGUGCGCGCCCACGAGUGGGCUCGCACCGAGUCGCCGCACAUCCGGUGGAACGCCCCGCCAGCCGACCCCUUCAUGUCGUUGCCGUACUGGGACCUGUACUCGGCCUGCGAGUGGCCGUUCCAGCGUCGUCACGGCGCCGAGCCCUGGCGGGCGCGGUACCUCCACUACAUGCUCUUCUUCGAGGAAAGGAUCGACAAGGCGCGCUUUCAGCCCGUCUUCUGCGCGCCCAACGAGAACGUCGAGAUGGCUCGCAUCGUCGCGCGCCUUCACACCUUUGUCGACACCCACAUCGCGCCCGUCUACCCUCUCGUCGGCGCCCAGCUGUACGAGUCGCUCGCCAAGCACGAGAACGUGCUUCGGAUCCUGGGCGUGUCCCCUCCUUCGUAG